GUGAUUUAUAUAUAUAUAAGAGAGAAUGGAAGGAAAAAAUAAGCCAAAGGGUUCUUAUUCUUCAUUUUCUUCUUCUGAGUUCAUAGGCUCCAAAGAGUCAACACAUCCAUCUUCUUCUCUUGGAGUUUUUAGCUCUAUGUUUUCUUCUCAUUCCCCUAAUGUGGUUGGGAGAGAAUCUAUGUGUUUUGAAGUGAAUGACAUAAAUGCCAAGGAGACGUGGAAUCCCAUACUUCGAACUCAAGCCAUAAACGAAGAUGGCAUAUUUAAGAGUUAUGGUGGUGAAUCUCAUAACACAAAAGUCAAAGAAUUGAGUUCUAUAUACGAAGAUAAAAAGACUGAACCAUGUAAGCUUAGUUCAUCAAACUCCACGCCAAAGAAAGAUGUUGAAGAAAAUGAUUCAGAAAAUGCUUCAAAAGGAGAUUGGUCGAAAGAAGGUCUCUUUUGAAAAUUUUAUAUUUGCCAACAAAAGGCGUGUGCUUAAUUUACAAGGUACAUGGUAAAUUGGGGUAACAAUAUAAUCAAUCCAAAUUUAUGGAAGGACUAUAUAGAAAUCAAAAUGUAAUGGAGAACAAGUUUUCUUUACGCGGCGACCAAACAACACAGCCAGAACAUAAAGUCGUCAAUGAUAUUAGUUUCUUUAUUUCUUAUUUUCUAAUUAAAAAUAGAAAGUUAUCUUUAGCAAUCCUAUUGAAAUUGUAAUAUGUAUUGAAAUGUUAUUUACUAUCAGCUACUCUUGAGUAAAAACUUUGAAGUUAUUUACUUUAUUGGAAAAUGUCUAUUUGUUGGUUUCUCAUUAAA